UUGAAAUAUGGCGCGUCUUGAAUGAAAACAACUUGUUCAAAUAUUGUUCAAAUUCUUUGAAUAAAAGAUGACAACUUUUCAGUGAGCAUUUUUUUGCAAAGCUCUUGGGCCUUGCGAAGUAUUUUUUCUUUGUUCACCAUGGAUAUGACAUCGAGCAUUGUUGUUGACGAUGUGGGCGAGUUGGCCAGCAUUUUGAUCGAUGGAAGCGAUCAUUUUGGCGUUUCCACAGUGUUGUUUGAUUCCCACGAGGAGUUGAUAUGGGUGGGAAACGAAGGAGGUCAUAUUGCUUCAUACUUUGGAUCAGAGAUGCAGAAAUACACAUCAUUUCAAUCUCACGAAAACGAACGAUAUUUGUUAACAAAUGAUGAAGGAGUUUUGUCACUUACUCAUAAUGAGAUACGAUUCACAAAAAGACAUGGAAUAAAAUUAUUUAGCCUAAGUGGUUCAAAUAUGACGGAUAUGCAGUGUAUGCUUCAGAAAGACGACUCAACAGUACUUAUAGCUGGACAUCAGAAUGAGAUAUUCGAAUUGGAUCUCCAUCGUCACAAGAUUGUAAAAGAAUAUUUGGUUGAACCUGGAACGUGUAUCAUGAAAGUUUCAUCAAGAUAUCUUUGCUGUGGCGACACCAGUGGAAAGGUUCUUUUGAAGGAUCCGAAAAGUUUGAAUUGUGAGCACGUUUUCUCUGCUCAUUCAGGAGCGUUGUCCGAUUUCGAUGUCUUGGGCAAUACAUUGAUCACAUGCGGUUUUUCGUCAAGGCAUGGUCAUUUGGCAGUUGACCGCUUUCUAAUGAUGUACGACAUAAGAAUGCUACGAAGCCUGCCUCCCAUACAGACUCCGAUGUUAGAGCCAUUUAUGCUCAAAUUCUCCAGCACCAUGUCAUCAAGAGUGCAAGUUGUCUCACAAAGCGGUCAGUUUCAGUUUCUUGACAUCGACGGCUCCAUGACAGCAAGAUCCAUGUACAUUUAUCAUGUUAACACGCAAGGAGGACUCUUGACUGGAUUUGAUAUAUCACCCAACGGUCAAGCUUCCAUAUUCGGGGACUCUUCAGGUGUUGUUCAUCUCUGGGUUGACUGCGGGAUGGAACACUUGGCCUUCAACAUAUAUUCACGUCCGACAAGUUUUGCUGAUGAGAUACCUCAUUCUCAUCCAUUUGACAUCGAUGACUACACCAUUCCAUAUUCAUCUUUUCCUUUGCCACACUGCAGUGAACCUUUGUUAUCUGAUUGGCCAAAGAAUUUACUAAAACGAAGGGACAGGCGAACUCCCCCAAUAGAUCCUGAAAUAUUGCGGACAAUGGUUGUGAAGGGCUUUAUUGGGCAAGCUCCCAAUCCUGGAAACCGUCUUCGUAAUCAGGUUCCCUACAAAUGGCGGGCGAGUUCAAAGUCAAAACGCGAAGUACCCGAGUCGCCUAUGAACAGAGAACAAAAUCCUUUCUCUACUUUGGUGCCAAAAAUUUACCGUCGUGUGGAAAUGCGAUACUCCAAGCUAGGUAUCGAUGAUUUUAAUUUUCAACAUUACAACAAAACGUCGUUCGCUGGUCUGGAGAUUCAUAUUCCAAACGCUUAUUGUAACGCCAUGUUACAGAUCUUCUACUUUCUGGAACCACUGAAAGUUUUCCUACAAAACCAUGUUUGUAAAAAAGAGUUUUGUUUGGCUUGUGAGUUGGGAUUUCUCUUUGAUAUGCUGGAUCAGUCAUCGGGAGAGGUGUGCCAGGCAAGUAACUUCUUAGCCUUCCGAACGCUACGUGAAGCGUCCGCAUUGGGUUUGCUUUUACCCGAUACUGACGAAUACCAAGUAAAAGUGAACUACUCUCAUCUUAUUCAAAGUUGGCAAAGAUUCGUCUUGCAACAACUUCUUCGGGAGGAACUCGAAGAAAGCAAAGAAAAGGGGGAAACCGAAAAGAUAUCUGUAAUAGAAUCUUUGUUUGGAUGUCAAGUGCAAAGGACAAGUCAAUGCAGUCAGUGUGGAAGGCAAACGGCUAGGGAUGACGUCACUCUGUCAACAGCUCUUUUGUAUCCUGAUAACAGAGAUAAUCGUGAUGUUAGUUUUGUCAAUGUUCUAAAGUCAAGUCUCCUGGGUAUUCAAUCUAGUCCUGCUUGGUGUGAAAGUUGCGAGAAAUAUCAACUGACGAUACAUAGCAAGAAGCUACGUCGGCUACCCGACGUGUUAAUGAUUAACUGCCAAGUCGAUAUGGAGAAGCACAAGAAAUUUUGGAACCGUAGUCAUACAGAUGUACAAAGCGAAAAGAACGUGAGUCAGAAGGGUGCUCUCGGGCAGAGCAAUCGAUCAACUAUUCCGUGUCGUUUCGGGGAAAGUUGCUCUAGGACGGAUUGUGGAUUUUGGCAUCCAAAACAUGGCGAGUUUGCGCCUUCUGAACCAGAAUCAACCAUUUUGGCAUCAAAAGAAGACUGCGUUCUUACGUGGGUGCCAUUUUGCCUAAUGCUUAAGCUCGCCGAGGAUGGAACAUUAUCUUGUUAUGAAGCGGAGUUGGACGAUGUGGAUCUCGAAGAUGACUGUACUGUUUAUGACCUAAAAUCGACUGUUGCUCAUGUUAAAGACUACAAUUCACCUGGCAAUCUUGUCGCCAUGAUCAAUGUUGAAAAAUCAUAUCAUAAAACAGAUUCGCAAGAAGAGGAGGGCGGUUGGUAUCUUUUUAACGAUUUUGCCGUCAGUAAUAUUUGCAAGGAUGAGGCAGUGGAAUUCGAUCUUUCAUGGAAAAUGCCUUGUGUCUUGCAGUUUGUUCGUCGAAAUAUGAAAACUGACUAUGAUUUAACUGGAAGUCGAACUAUUGAUGACCAUGUUAUUUUGGGUGAUCGUUCUUUGUCCCUGUUGCACGACAUUCAUGGUCAGAAGAACUUCACGCCUCUAAGUUUGGACGAAGCAAAAAAGGAAGGUUUUCUCGUUGGCAUUGAUUGCGAAUUUGUCACUUUAAAUCAGGAAGAAUCCGAGAUUCGAAGUGAUGGGACACGUUCGACGGUGAAGCCAAGUCACAUGAGCGUUGCACGUGUGACGUGUGUGAGAGGUGAUGGACCAUUGAUUGGGGUACCAUUCAUUGAUGACUAUAUAUCAACCUCUGAACAGGUCGUCGAUUACCUUACAGAAUUUUCUGGUAUUAAUCCUGGAGAUUUGGACGCUACACGAUCAUCGAAACAUCUCACCACCCUCAAGUCAACAUAUGUGAAACUCAAAUAUUUACUGGAGCAGAAAGUGUUGUUUGUAGGGCAUGGACUGCAGAAGGACUUUCGCGUGUUAAACAUAAAGGUUCCCAAGGUACAAAUUGUGGACACUGUGCAACUGUUUCAUCUACCGCAACAGAGAUUUAUAUCUUUACGUUUCCUAGCUUGGUACUUUUUAGGUAUAACUAUUCAGUCGAGCUCGCAUGAUAGUACUGAAGACGCAUGUACGGCUCUUAGACUCUACCAGCGCUUCAAAGAACUCAUGCAAAAAGGGGACACCGAGUUUCAUGGCACAUUGAACCGACUGUAUGAGACGGGGAGAAGCUUGAGCUGGCAAGUUGAAGAUUGAGGUAUAGAAUUAAGAUUGAAUUAGCGGAUUAGGAUGAUGCAAGUUGAGGUAUAGGAUUAGUCAUUCCGAUGAUUUUAGUCGCUGGUUGAUAACGUAGACAGUAAAUUCAACUCAUUCGUGUGUUACCAAUCGUCAAACGUACUUAAUUAAAGUUGGCGAAUAAAGUUAUUUACCAUCCAGUUACACUGGCGGUCCUAAACAACUGCUCAAAAUUAUCAUUACGACUAAGGAAAGGAGUGUGUUAAGUCUAUGCAUGGAAACGAUCGACUGAACGAAAUACAUACGAGUUUUGUAUUGUGUA